AUGUCUGAUCUAGGCAACGUGGGAGGGGACUUCAGUCCACACGCCAUGUCACAGCAGGCCCAGAGUUACUCCCUAGGGAGUAUGGAUAUCAUGGAUGAGAUGACAGUUGGAGGGAUUGGCAACAGCCCUGAAGAUAUCUCUGAACUUGACCGAUCAGUGGAUAGCUUGGGUCCCAUAUUUCCUCCCCAGACUUUCGAGGUGCCCGAUAUAAGUUAUUCCAAUAGCGUGAGCCCAAAUGCAGAUUUCAACCAGUCGCUGUUGAGCUCGGCUCAGACUUAUGGCAAUUCUAGCAAUAUCUUUACGAACGUCGGUGCCACUGCUGGGCGUCUUAGUGAAGGGCAGCCGGUGGGGUUGCACAAGCAGCAGCAGCAGCAGGAUGUUGGUGGUCAGCGGCAGAUGCCAUUCUUUCCUCCAGCGUCACAAAGUCCACCUGGUACUUCUAGCAGUGAGGAUAGUGAUGAUCUUCCUUUGGCUCAAUUGGCCAAGCGUGUGGUAACCAGCAGUGCUUCCACUACAAAUGCUGCCUCCAAUGCCUCGGCACCUUCUCCAUCAGCGCAUUCUCCUGAUACAGCUUCGAUGGAAGGAAGUCCAGUCUCUAACGCACCGCCAAAGAAAGCCAAGCAGACUAAAAAGAAGAAGAAAAAAGACCCAAAUGAGCCUCAGAAACCUGUUUCAGCUUACGCCUUGUUUUUCCGAGAUACUCAAGCAACAAUCAAAGGACACAAUCCAAGUGCCAGCUUUGGGGAAGUGUCCAAGAUAGUGGCGUCUAUGUGGGACCAGCUAGACCCAGAACAUAAAGAUGUUUACAAAAAGAAAACAGAGGCUGCCAAGAAACAGUAUCUGAAACAGCUUGCUGCCUACAGAGCAAGUCAGGUGUCACAGUCUGCAGCAGAUGAGGCAGCUGAGAAGUCUCCAUCACCACCUGGCCUGACAAACCUGACGGGGCCGGCCAGAUUUCAGGCUACUGGAGGAUCAGGUGGACAGAUGGUGGGCCCGCAGAAACCACACAGCCAACAACAAUCUCCGCAUUCAGCUCUGAACUCAGCUCCAGUACUGCAGCAGCAGCAAAUGCAACAGAUGCAGCAGCAGCAGCAAAUGCAACAACAGCAGCAACAGAUGCACCAGCAGCAGAUGCAACAACAGCUGCAUCAGCAGAUGGUCAUGGCUCAACUACCGCAGACCUCACCUCCACGCCAGCCAUACUCACCCCCUCAGGAGAUGACUUCCAUGCCAGCUCCCGCCUACAAGAGCCCACCUCGUGUUAGCCAGCCGGUCACUGCUGUUUAUCAAAACACCCUGACAAACCAUAAUUCCUUUGGUUUCUCUGAUCUAGAAGAUCCAAUGGAGGUAGCAGCUCCGCUGUGUGUCCGAAGCGGAUGCAGGAAUCAUGCCAAGGACAACCCAGCCUGGGAUUCUGAAUAUUGCAGCAAUGACUGUGUCAUUACUCACUGCAGGGAUAUCUUCAAAAAUUGGGUGGCAUCAAGAUCGGGCUCUAACUCAUACCCAGUCAAGUAA